AUGCCCAAUACGCCAGCCGACCCCAACCAUCCAACAAAAGAACCCUUCACAUCUGCAGGCGAAUCAAAGACUGGUGGUAGCAAGACCUUGUUCGGCAUCGUGGCAGCUCCAUUUGCUGCUGUUGGUGGUUUGAUAGAUCAAGUCUCUCGUAAGGUGACAAGAGCAGCAGACAACGAAGAACCUACACCUACUGCAACUCCAACAACAAAAGAGUAA